GUCGCCGGGGCCCCGCCGUCCGCCGCGGCUCUGGCCGCCGCGGCCAUGGCCCAGCGGGCGCCCAGGGGGCAGGGGCAGGACGAGGAGGAGGGAGCGGAGGAGGAGGCGGCGGCGAGGGGCAGCCAGGCGCGGGCCAGGAGCCAUGCGGAGCCCGCGGCGAGCGGCGGCAGAACCCAGGACCGGCAUGAGAAGAAGCGGAAGAGGCAGGAGGCGCAGCAGCUCCAGAAGAUCCAGCACUUGGAGUCUUUCUAUGAGAAACCUCCCCCUGGGCUAAUUAAGGAGAAUGAAUCAAAACCAGAAGACUGCAUUCCUGAUGUACCAGGCAAUGAAAGCGCACGAGAAUUCCUGGCACAUGCCCCAACAAAAGGGCUUUGGAUGCCUUUGGGAAAAGAAGUCAAAGUUAUGCAGUGUUGGAGAUGUAAACGUUAUGGACACAGAACAGGAGAUAAGGAAUGCCCAUUCUUUAUUAAAGGCAAUCAGAAAUUGGAACAAUUUAGAGUAGCACAUGAAGAUCCAAUGUAUGAUAUAAUAAGGGAAAAUAAGCGUCAUGAAAAAGAAAAGAGACCCAACCAGGAAGAUGGAGAUAGCUAUAAACAGCAUUACCGUAACCAACUCUCUUUGAAACCACAAGGUACAUUAGUACAGGGCUGUGAAUUGAGGAACUAGAUGAUGGAUAUUGGUACUGUGCAAAAGGAAAGAGAAAACUAGAUUUGCUUUGAAAGAACUUCUGUAGAAUUUAGUCUCUGUGGGUAUGCUAAGAUAAAAAAAAAAAACCCACAUGAUACAGCUCUAAUACAGUAGAAUGAACAUUAACAGCAAAAUUAAGGAACCAUAGACUACAAUGCAGCUGAGAUAUAUUUUUUUUAUUUUCUUCAAAGCUUUGGAAGAGAGGACAAGGAAAUGUAUAAAUUAAAAUGUUUUUUUCUCCUUCCUACAUGUCUAAGAGUGAUUUAGUAAAAAUAACUCCCCAUUCCUUGCCAGUCAUUCACAAUAUGUUCCAAAGAAAAACAGGAUAAGCAAGGCCUACUUACAAAGUUUCUGUAUCAUAUUCCCAGACCUUGGAGGUAGAGUUGUAUUUAGCAAAUCUCCCUGUGAUGGGAUUUACUGGUGAUUCAUGGUAGUUCCCUAUAUCAGCAGCAUCAUCAAAUUCUAAGGCCCUUGUUCUUUCAACAGAAAAAGAUUUAACAGCUGAAAUAGCAUGGGGAGAUCUAUAAUGGACCGAUUCUUUUGGCCAGGUUGGACAGGGCUCUGAGCAACCUGGCCAAGUGGGAGGUGGUCCUGUGUGUGGCAGGGGGCUGAAACUAGAUUACAGCUUACAGCUUCCUCCAACCCAAACCAUUCUAGGAUUCUUGUAUUGCCACACUUGUUGCUGAGAUUAAUGCAUUUAUAGAUUAUUGAAAGAUGCUGGAAGCCUGAUACUGACCUGAUGCAUUCCAAGAGAACUCUUACACUGGCUUGUCUAGAGCAGGGUUAACUCAACACUUCUUCAGUUACUCUAGCUUUUGUUAUUUAAGAUUGCUCUGAAGCUUAGUUUAACAAAAACAGUUUUUCCUUUGCAAUGCCCUUCCUUGUUAAUGGAACUCUCUCUUUGUAUCUAUCGGGGUUUAUUAUUUUAACAAUUAAGAAAAAUAUACCAUUUCUAACUUGUAUCAAAUCUAGUUUAAAUGGUUGAGGUGCCACAUCACUUCCCUAUACCUGACUAAAGGUGUGUUAUAUCACUAUCUUUCCAAUCAUGGUUAAUAGAACAUACCUCCACAGCAGAGCAGUGCAAGCUCUGCUAUUAUUUCUGUUACUUCAUUGAAAUGAGAGUACCUGUGGUGCAGAUACUUAGAAUCAUGGGUUAGAUUUUAGCAUUUAGUGGCCUUGGAUAUAUAUUUUCUUUUAUAUCCACUCACUGCUUAUAAACCUUGCCAUUUUCCUUAGCAAUGAAUUCUUCUUAUUUAUUGAUCUGUAGCAAUUGGCUUUCACACUGCUUCGUACUAGUUUCAUUUCACACAUCUUUAAUCUUACACUGGAAGGUAUGUAACUGAUUCUUGUUUGUUCUCCCUAUAUAAUUUCCAGUUUUAUAAGCCUCUGUCAUAUCCCAUGUAGGUCUUUACUGCAACCCAUAAAAGUAGCAUUUCAAAAUUUGACAGUUUCAAUAGACUAAGAUUUAUAGGAGCUCUUUUAACAGCCAGGGCUAGAGUGCUGAGAACCAUGAUUCACAUCAUCAUUUGGCAUUUUAAACAGUGCCAAAGCUGUCAUUUAAGAUAAGUCUUUUAAAAAUAUGUAGACUAGAGAUAAAGACUAACACACCCUUUAGAUUAAUGAAAAACAGUUCUAUGUAGAAGUAAACCCCAAAAGCAGAAUAGAAAGUUAUAGCCUUGGAAAACUGACUAGCCUUAUUUUUUUAAAUCAUAACCAUUUAAUGUUUUUGUUUGAAAAACACUUUUUUCCUGGCCUUCUUUAUAGAUGUGUAUUUCCAUUUGAAUAUUCUGUUGAAGUCCAAGUGAUAAUAAUAACAUAAUUAUAUAGUCCCAUGAAACUAAAUAAGUGUUAAAUGUAGCUAAAACAACCCUCACAGGCAAUACAGCUUCCCAGGUCUUUUAUCUUAAUACUCUGCAUCAUUUUUGUUAGAAAGGUAUUUCAGGUAAAAUACUGAUAUUUUUAUUUAUUUCUUUGGCCAUUCAUUUAGUUGGGGUUUGUAGUCCUUUUGAGUGAGACAGCCAGUAGCAGCAAGUCAGGGGAAGCUAAGUACUCUAAAAAACAUAAUGAAUUUGUUUUUCCUUGGUAUGCCUUCAAUUGGCAUGCCAUGAGUGUUAUAGGCUUUUGGGGUUUGGGUUUUGGUUUGUCUGUUUUUUGCCAUUGGCUCUGAUCUGCCUUUGUUUAAUUUUAAUAGAAAGACCUGUGGUUAAUAUUUUCCAGUAUAAAGCAGAACACCAGACACUGUAAAAGGGAAAAAAUUUUAUGCCAUCCAGGUGCUACCAAAAUGAAAACGAAAAUACAGAAUUAAUAUCUGGCCAACCAAAAGAACCCACAGCUCCACAUCAGUAAUUACACCACACUCACUUUGCAACAAAGGUUUCAGAUACUACAAAUAAUGAUU